AUGGCACUUACUCUCGGCGAUUUGCCUAAAUUCAUCUGCGCCGUACUUUUGCCGCCAGUUGGUGUCUUCUUCGAAAAAGGUUGCGACUAUCACUUGGCGAUCUGUAUUUUGCUCACUAUCCUCGGAUAUAUUCCUGGUAUCAUCUACGCAUGUUAUGUCAUUCUCGCUUAUUAA